UCUGAACAAUUGUUCGGCUUACAGGAAAUUCCCCGCCUUUUCAUCUACGACAGUUCAUUUUCAUACGUAACUUUGAUCAUUUGCUUAUUGGAUACCGUUGUGAUACAUGCGAUUUAUUGAUUCCGUUUCAAUUACGUUGUAAUUUGCUUACGUAUCUAGUGAUUUUUAUAAUUUGCUGAAGUUUUAUAUCUUUUUGCAACAUUUAUUGCGAAAGAAUAAUAUUAGUGAAUUUAUUCAUUUCAUUCUCGCGAAAAAUAUCUCUAUUUUACUUCGAAUAAUCCAUCCACGAAAUGACUCUCGUGAAAACUUUUCCUACUCCGGUGAAAGCUUCUCCAGUUGGUAAAAUUCCUGCAUCUAGUCUUACCGGAAAAUCGUCGCCAAUUGCCAAGAAACCGGUUGAUGUUAAUUCGUCGUUGAAAAAGCCUACAGCUCCGGCCUCUCCGAUUAAAAUGAAAGCCACGUCGACGCUGACGAAAUCUCCGAUUCGAGCUGAAAAAUCGCCCAGCAAGGUAGAAAAAUCUUCUCCGAAAUCGACCGGUACAAAACCCAGUGUUAAUUCGACUACUAAGACGGUUUCUCCUGCGUUGAAAAGUCCUGUUGCUGAAGCUAAAUCACCGAUUCGAAGCAUCGUCGUUAAACCUACAACAACGCUGAAAACACCGGAGCAAAAACCUCUCAGUGGUGCGAAAAAAGUUACUCCUCUUCCGGUCAGCAAGACGAACGCGAAUUCUGCUCCAGCUGCUUUAAAACCAGCAGCUAAACCAAAUCCGGUGGCCAAAAAUAGUUCAUCUCCGGUCAAGUCGACAUUGUCUCCUGUUAAAUCUAUAUCAUCGCCGGUCAAAUCGGCAUCGUCUCCUGUUAGAUCGAUAUCAUCGCCGGUCAAAUCGGCAUCGUCGUCUAUUAAAUCGAUAUCGUCGCCGAUCAAAUCAACUUCGACAUCGAUUAAGUCGAUAUCAUCGCCGAUCAAAUCAGUUUCGUCGUCGUCGUCGCCUAAAUCUAUCUCAUCGCCGAUUAAAUCAGCUUCGUCGUCGCCUAAAUCGAUCUCAUCGCCGAUCAAAUCAGGAUCGCCGCUCAUUAAAUCGAUAUCAUCGCCUUUAAAACCGAAAGCUACCGGUGAAGUGAAGCCCAGCUCUCCUGAGAAAACCAAAGAUGUCAAAAUAAACCCAAUCGUGUCGAGUAUUUCGGUUAAGAAACCGACCAGUAUACUCAAAUCACCACUCAAGACGAUAUCGUCGUCUUCCAAUAAGAUCGACAGCUCUUCUAAAUUGAAACCGAGCAUAAAAAUUUCGCCCAUUUCCAAAAUGGUGAAAAAUGCUUCGAUUACGACGAAGACUGUCUCUAAACAGCCUACCAUCGCCGAAAGCAUCUCUACUGAGGUAAGUAGCGAUCUUUCUGCUGCUGUUGUUGAACCAGUAAACCUAUGCCAAUGUAUCGAUACGAUAGAAAAUUGUCAAGAGUUUACGAAUACCCCGUUGAUCACCGAGUACACGAUCGAUAGUGAUAAUAGUAAUUUCGACGUCGUUCAGGCGAUUAAAGUCGCCCAGCAACUUAUUCAAAUUCAAAGUAACGAUAGAAAUUUAGAAACGAUCAUCGAAACGUGUGAAAAUAACUCGAUGGUGAAUUGGGACGACGUUAUUACCCCCUGCGAUGAAAUCGUCACUAUGCCUAACUCGAGCAGUCAAAACGAAUCGCUACAUUUGCAACAAAAUGACGACUCCAUUUCGAGCGAUAGUUCUGAAAAAUCGAUUUCAAUCCGUGAUAGUUGCAUCGUUGAAAUCGAAGGUUCGAAUUUCGGGUCUACGUGCGAUUCGGAGAUAUCGAAUGUCGAAUCGAACGAACAAAAUGACAAAUUUAUCGUACCUUCGAACCUGGAUGAAAAUCAAAACCUAAUCGCAUUCACCGACCUCAACGACCCGUUGUCAAUUUGCGAAGAAACUUCUGAAAUUGAAUCAACAGAAGAAAAACAUUUCACCGAUGAUUUUUCAUCUACGAACGCCGACGACGAUUCGACUCAAAUCGAAUGUGACAAAAACAAACUCCCCGAAUGGACGAUAACCAUCGAUGAAUUUUCAAUCAACGUCGAUAAAAUAGAAAACGAGCCGCCUACGAUUUGCGAAAAUGUCACCGAAAAAGAAAAUCACGUCGAUGACCAAACACCUAACGAGGUUAAUCCAAGUGACGUCGAUGUUUUGAAGAAAGUUGACGUGAUAAGUUACGCCGAUAUUUUGAAGAAAACUCCCAAAGUUCUCGCCAAUUCAACCAACGUGCUGAGUUGUAGAAAAGAACCUAAAUUGAAAGUCGAUACGCGAAUCAAAAAAUACCAAAGGUUGGAAAAAGUCGACCCUGUUUAUUCUUCGGACGAAUCUAUUAAUAAUAUCGAAAACAAUUACCAAGACUACGAUUACAAUGACUUCUACGAAGACCCAGUGUAUCCUGAAAUACGCAAGAAAAAAGGUAAAAAAAUCAAACACGCUUCUAAAAGGCAUCUGAAAAAUAUUAAUCUCGAAUACGAAUGUAUUGAAAAUCACGCCGACGUGUUUGUUACUUCGGUAUGGAAGAAUAUUUAUUAACGAGUUGUUAUUGUAUCGUGCAUGUGUUUUAAAAUUAAUUGAUUUUUUAAAUUUUGUAUUUUAAAAGUUUUAAAAAUUUACAUCGAGUUGUUUUUAAUUUUGAUUUUGUAACGUUACAAAUUUUUAUAGGCAGAUACGCGAGAAGAAACGUGUAUUUUCCUCAACUUUACCCCCCCCCCCACCCCCUAGGUACCUAGAGAAGAUUUUUUUUAUUUGCUAUUUUUGUACAUUUAUUUAUGUUCGAAGAUUCGUAGUUUUAAAAGUUGUUAAUCUUAAAACUUGAUAAUAAAGUUAGUUUUUUAAA